AUGACAAGCCGCCCUAUCAUCGCCAUCGCAGGUCUAGCCUGCGAGACCUCAACCUUCACCCCGUCACGGACUCAAGCAUCCGCAUUCCACCCCCGCCGCGACACCUCGGAGAUCAUCGACAAGUACCCCUUCCUCGCCCCGGGCACGCCGCUGGGCGACGCGGCCGUAUGGCGCGGUACCCUGAUUGGCCACGCCCUGCCCGGCGGCAUGGUGACGAGGGACGCCUUUGAGUCACUGGCAGCAGAGAUCACGUCGCGUCUCAUCACACUAGUCACGGCGACCAGGGUCGUCGACGGGCUCUGGUUCGACAUCCACGGCGCCAUUUGCGUCGAGAGCAUCGACGACGCCGAGCACGAGCUUCUGAGACGGUGUCGCGACGUCCUGGGCCCGGACGUGCUGGUCUCGGCCUCGAUGGACCUGCAUGGCAACGUGUCUCGCGCGCUGGCGCACCAGACGGACUUGAUUACCUGUUAUCGCACGGCGCCGCACGUCGAUGUCGCGGAGACGAAGGAGCGUGCUUGUAGGAAGCUUGUUGGGAUACUUGAGCGGAGGGCUGAGGGCAAGGAGGCGUGUCGUCCGUUCAAGGCUUGGGUGCCUCUGCCGGUUUUGCUGACGGGCGAGCAGACUUCGACUAGGGAUGAACCGGCUUCACAUAUCUACGCGGCUGUGUCGGAAGUUGAGAGUAUGAAGGGGGUGGUAGAUGCUGCUAUUUGGGUAGGCUACGUCUGGGCUGAUGAACCCAGGAACAGAGCUGCUGUCGUAGUGACUGGCUGGGAUAAGGAGGCCACUGCCAAAGGGGCGGAGAAGUUGGCCCGCAUAUUCUGGGACGCCCAUAAGGACUUCAAGUUCGUCGCACCCACUGGGUCCUUCGCGGAGUGCCUUGAUUCAGCACUGCGUUCAGACAAGCGGCCGUACUUCAUCUCAGACUCUGCUCGUCCGGAGUUCAAAGACGCCUCGGGGCCGAAGGUCAUCUACGCAAGCGUCCCUGGGCCAGAGGCUGUUCAGAAGGCGGUUGAAGCAGGGGUAGGGGCGACUGUGACAGUCACGGCUGGAGCCGAAGUAGACAACAUCCACGCCGGCCCGAUCACGAUGACAGGAAAGGUGCACUCCGUAAAAUACGGGGACAGUCACGCAGAGAUCGAAGUCGUGUUACAGGUCGGCAGCGUCUUCGCGAUCCUGACCAAGCUACGCAAACCGUACCACCACGAGAGCGACUUCAUCGAGCUGGAUCUGGCACCACGGUCGGCGGAUAUCGUCAUCGUCAAGAUCGGCUACCUUGAACCGGAACUCUACGACAUGGCGAAGGAUUGGAUGCUUGGUCUGACGCCUGGUGGUGUCGACCAGGAUCUGGGGCGCUUGGGACACAGGCGUAUCAGGCGGCCAAUGUGGCCUUUUGACCGCGAAUUUGGGGAGCCUGAUCUAACUGCUAGGAUUGUAGAGAUGUCGAACAAGCCCUUACCGACUUAG